GCGCACUGAUCAGAGGACUGAGCCGCGGACCGCCAGCGCAUUCCUGUGACAGAGACAACUGAUGCUCGGAACUAACAUCAAACACAUCUGACAGAUUAGCUCUGAUCCUCCCGCUGAAGGACCAGGAAAGCAGCGUGCCACUUUACCAGUGCGCCUUUUGGCACUCGUGACGCGAGGACAAAUGCUGUUUGUGAUCACUUUGCUUUGAUUUCAAGCGUUAUUGAUUUUCUCCAGAACAGGACAGGAUUAUAACUCCCUUUUGGAUUUUAAAAGUCAUCAAUUUCAUCAACCCCAAACUUUUCUGAUCGUCUAGAAAUUGCGCACGGAGAUGGCGCAAAGGUACGAUGAGCUGGCUCACUACGGAGGCGCGAUGGAUGGAGUCGGGGUCCCGGCCUCCAUGUACGGGGACCCACACGCACCUCGGCCGCUGCCCCAGGUCCACCACCUGAACCACGGGCCGCCUCCCCACCCUACCCAGCACUAUGGAGCCCACGCGCCGCACAACAUCAUGCCCAGCAGCAUGGGCAGCGCUGUGAACGACGCACUGAAGAGGGACAAGGACCAAAUCUACGGACACCCUUUAUUCCCGCUGCUGGCUCUGGUGUUCGAGAAGUGCGAGCUGGCGACCUGCACGCCCAGAGAGCCGGGGGUGGCGGGGGGCGACGUGUGCUCUUCCGACUCCUUCAAUGAAGACAUAGCAGUGUUUGCAAAACAGAUCCGCGCAGAGAAACCUUUAUUCUCAUCGAAUCCAGAGCUGGAUAACCUGAUGAUUCAAGCAAUUCAAGUCCUACGGUUUCAUCUCCUGGAAUUAGAGAAGGUGCAUGAGCUCUGUGAUAACUUCUGCCACCGGUACAUCAGCUGCCUGAAAGGCAAAAUGCCCAUCGACCUAGUCAUAGAGGACCGGGACGUCUGCAAGUCGGACUUUGACGACAUGUCCGGAUCCUCCACCAACCUUGCAGAACAUAACCCAGCGUCCUGGAGAGACAUGGAUGACGCCCACUCCACGCCCUCUGUGGGCACCCCGGGUCCGUCCAGCGGGGGACAUGUCUCUCAGAGCGGGGACAACACCAGUGAACUCGGAGACGCCCUCGACAACAGCCUGGCAUCUCCGGGAACGGGAGACGAGGAUGACCAGGACAAGAAGAGGCAGAAGAAACGAGGCAUCUUCCCCAAAGUAGCCACAAAUAUAAUGAGAGCGUGGCUCUUCCAGCACCUUACGCACCCGUACCCCUCAGAGGAACAGAAAAAGCAGCUAGCACAAGACACAGGCCUCACCAUCCUUCAAGUGAACAACUGGUUUAUCAAUGCAAGAGGAGAAUAGUCCAACCUAUGAUUGACCAGUCCAACAGAGCAGUGAAUCAGGGUUCUGCCUACAGUCCAGAUGGCCAGCCAAUGGCAGGCUUUGUUCUUGAUGGGCAGCAGCACAUGGGUCUCAGACCUGGAGGGCCGAUGGGUGGCAUGGGUAUGAACAUGGGCAUGGACGGACAGUGGC